UCUUCUUUGUGCAUGCCAAACGAAGAGGUGUGGAAAAUUGACGAUCCGUCAGCUGCCGAUCAUGCCUACCACCAAAGCUGGGCAUCGAGACCUCCUCGAGUACAAUUCGAAACACAACGUGUUGAUCUGUCGCGAAUGUCAAUAUGCAAUCCAAAAGAACGCACUGGAGAGCCAUUUGCUGCGACACAAAAUCUAUCGCAGCGAGAGGCAACGCCUUAUAGCCUCAGUCUCUCAACUUACCAUACUCGAACCAGACGAUGUGCUCUCGCCGACUGCCGACUCACCGCCUGUCGAAGGCAUCUCAAUCCUUGCCGGCUACCGAUGCACAUUACCUGAUUGUCAACAUCUCACUGUUAGUGAGAAGCGUAUGAAACGACAUUGGAGCGAGACCCAUGGCUCUGACAAGACCAUACCCAAAUUGUCUACCUUCGCGGUCGCGGUUUCGUUACAGAUCUUUUUUCGUGGUACCAAAGUCAAAUACUUUGAAGUCACUCCAUUGACAUCUCCAUCUGCCGAAAGCCAUGAAGACGGCACCGAUAAAGAUGUUUCAAUGAGUGACCAUGACGGCAGUCAGGAUGGAGAUGAGGCAACUGGUCUUCACCUAGCCGAGAUUACUACACCACCAACACCCGUCUCUGUUCCAAUGUUCGAAUCGAGAAUGCCCGACGGACUCGGAUCAGAUAUGGAGAUACUGAGAUACUUCCAUCACUUCACCACCGCCACUUGUCUCACUCUGCCAAGCAUGGAAGACAUGGAUGUCGUAGACACAUAUUGGCAGGUCGAUGUUGUCGCUCAGGCCCUGAGUCAUCGAUGGUUGAUGUAUGGUGUCCUAGCUCUUGCGGCUUCUCACUUGUCUUGCCUCACGGACGACGCCGCCGCGAAGCAGACCCAUCGCCGGAUAGCCGCACAUUUUUUGUAUGAUUUCUAUCCUGGACUGGAGAAAGAGUCAGGAUUGGGCAAAGCCAGCGCUUCCGAGGCAGGCAAUACCCUGCUAGAAAUGGGUGAGCAGGUGAGGUGCUUAUUGGCCUGUGCCAAACAGGCAUUACCUGGUCCUUGCCCGUGGGCAACUGAACCGUUGGCGAUUUCUUCAGAGUUUCAGUCGCUGAUAUCAUCCAUCCGGAACUGCGUUGUGAGAAGUACAAACGACUCUUUGAUGUCUCCAGCAUCAGACUGUGACGAGAAACGAACACCACAAAAUAGCGGUAUGCCUACUGCAAUGGCAAAUGCUCUUCGCACGCUUCCAUUUCGUCUUGCGGGAUGUGCCAAUCGACCGGAUGACCCUCAAGAUGUUGUUGCUUCCAUGACAGCCAUCGCUAACCUGUUCGAGUCUUGCGAAUUGAGCUUUGGUCAAGAUGAUAUGAAGGUGUCGUGGCAGAGCAUGGCAGGUUGGUUGCUCAAGAUAUCUCAGCAUUUCGAACAGAUGACCGUGCGCUCCGAUCCUGUUGCCUUAGUAGUCGUGGCCUACUGGACAAUCUUGCUAGUCACACGAGCCCAACAACUUGGCUGUUGGUUUCUGACAGGCGUUGCAGAAGCGAUACUGCGGCAGAUCUCAGGACAGCUCUCAGCAAACAAUCAGCCAGCUCUGGCUCUGAUUGAAGAUUUGAUUCGUGAAAAGCACACUUGAAGUACCGAUGGUUCAAAUCAAGCGGAUCAACACCUGUAACUCCACAUUGUCCAAGUUGGUGCGAGGUUCUCGGUGGAGUGUUUGGUCAACAACGACUCGGCUGUUGAGUCAACAUUUGAUGACUGCCCUAGGAAAAGAAGGGAGUUUGGUGAGUUGCUCGCAACCCCGCAUGCGUCAUGCCUCGGUCCGGGACAGUCAACAACAGCACAUGCCAUCCGAUCUCGACUCUAAUAAGUUGAUGUAAGAAGC